AUGUGUGGGCCUACCAAACCGACGACGAGGCAGAAAAAGAAGCUCGGUGUGCAAAGCGAGGAGCUCAAGAGUGCCGAGCAGGACACUGGACAAGAAGACGAGCAGCUUCACACCGACAUGCAGGUCAUGGGACCAGAAGUGGACGGGCAGCAGAGCAAUGACCCACAGGACGCUGGCAUACCUCUCCAACUUCCACCUGACUACUAUGCCCGCCGAAGACAGCUCUCUCUUCCCGACAAUAACAUUGACCGGUUCGCCGGUAGGAUGGCCGGUCUCGGCGCUGAUGAGCGCCCUUGCACAGAGUCGGAAUUGAGUUGGAGAUAUGCGGCACUGUUCGUCGAGGCGACGGAGAGCCGAACAGUAUCUCUCGUAGGAAGCCGGGCAUGUGCUUUAACCUUUGCAUUUCACCGCUCCCAACACCUACGAACCGCAGGAAUUUGUGAGAAGUGCCGAAGGAUAGUGAGGGUCGAUUGGGAACCAAAUAAAGGAUAA